CGCUGCCAGUCUUUGUUUUCCUGGGUGUUCCCUAGUGAGCUCACUUCCCCUUAGGCACUUCACCAUAGGCACUUUAAUUCCGCUAGUCUGGUUGUGUCUUCACAGUAAUUGCACUCCAAUUAGAAUCGCACAGGUGUUGACAAUACUCUGUCAUUAGUUUCCCUAUAUAGAGCUGUCUUUCUCUGUUGUCAUCAUGGAGUCCUUACCCUUUGUGUCUCAUGCUCUCGUUCCCCGAGACUUCCUCUACCUUCUUGUUCUUCUGAGUUCCCCGUUUCAUCCGGUUCCCUCUUUUGGUUUUUGUUUGUCUCUCAUGACUGUUUAUUUUGUAAUUACCCUUCCGUUUAAAUAAAUCCCUUACCUGCACUUGGAUCCAUCCUCUCUUUGCGUUUCAUCUAACCCUACCGUGACAGAAGGACUCCAUCGUCAAGGAUCCAGCGGUAUGUCUGCUGCCAUGUACUCAUCAGCCAGCAAGCGUAAUGGUUUUGAGGGCUCUCGCCUAGUGGUGUUCCGGGGGACCAGGGGAGGUCGCUCCGGAGCAAGCGGUCGAGAGGAUGUCCGGCAGCGAUCGCCACUGUGGCCUCCCAUCGAUCCGAGAUUCGGAUGGGGGCGGCCAUUUCCCCAAGAUGUCCCGAGAGGAGAGGGGAAAUGCAGAUCGGCUGAGCCAGCGCCGUGGUACCAGAUGGCCGCCAGUCCUGUACAGCGGCACCAAAUGGCCGCCAGCUCAGCGCCACAGCACAAGAUGGCCGCCAGCUCAGUCCCACAGCACAAGAUUGCUGCCAACUCAGCCCCACAGCACAAGAUGGCCGCCAGCCUAGCGCCACAGCCUAAGAUGGCCGCCAGCCUAGCGCCACAGCCCAAGAUGGCCGCCAGCCUAGCGCCACAGCCCAAGAUGGCCGCCAGCCUAGCGACACAGCCCAGGAUGGCCGCCAGCCUAGCGCCACAGCCCAAGAUGGCCGCCAGCCUAGCGCCACAGCCCAGGAUGGCUGCCAGCCCAGCACCACAGCACAAGAUGGCCGACUCAACGCCACCGACUCUCCAUCGUAGAGGGCGGAGGAGGAGACAGGCAGCUACUGUUCCUCAGGACCCGGAGAACGUUCCCGAGCGGACCGCUGCCAUCCAUGAGGCCAUUCCCGAUGCGGUGCCCGCUGCUGUUUCGGAGGCGGUGGCUGAGGCUGUUCCCGAUGCGGUGCCCGCUGCGGUUCUGGAGGCCGAUGCGGUUCCCGUUGCUGUUCCGGAGGCCGAGGCGGUGGCCGAGGCCGUUCCCGAUGCGAUGCCCGCUACUGUUCCGGAGGCCGAGGCGGUGCCCGCUGCUGUUCCGGAGGCCGAGGCGGUGGCCGAGGCCGUUCCCGAUGCGGUUCCCGUUGCUGUUCCGGAGGCCGGGGCGGUGGCCGAGGUCAUUCCCGAUGCGGUGCCCGCUGCUGCUCCGGAGGCCGAGGCUGUUCCCGAGGCGGUGCCCGAUGCAGUUCCCGAGGCAGUGCCCGAUGCAGUUCCCGAGGCGGUGCCCGAUGCAGUUCCCGAGGCGGUGCCCGAUGCAGUUCCCGAGGCGGUGCCCGAUGCAGUUCCCGAGGCGGUGCCCGAUGCAGUUCCCGAGGCGGUGCCCGAUGCAGUUCCCGAGGCGGUGCCCGAUGCAGUUCCCGAGGCGGUGCCCGAUGCAGUUCCCGAGGCGGUGCCCGAUGCAGUAUAG